AUGUAUUGCCGAGGCGGGAGCAAUACCGCAAUAGACGAUUCCAACACCAACCUUGUAGUUAACUCGCUCUACCGUCUCCCGAAAAACAAGUGGUGGAUGCAAGCCGACCGCGGAUGCGAUAAGGUGCCCCCUCCAGCGGGCCAGUCCCUCAAUCUACCCGCCCGGGGCAAGCUAACCGUCGAUCUCGGAGCCAACCGCGGCAGCACGAGCUUUUCCUACGGCGGCAAGACCGUGACGCAGUGGUCGGACUGCAGCGAACACUCAGAAGAUUGGCACGCGCCCGGGCCGGGCAAGUGUCUCGUCGAUAACCCGGACGGGAAGGGAGUGGCGAUGCACACGCAGAACUACACCACCACGGCAGGCACAGCAUGUGCCAUCAGCUAUCAGUCGGAUAUCAAGAAGGUGACGAUGAAGAACCUGGUCAUGUUUGUGGUUGUCGAGCAGUACAUGGAAAACUUCAGAUGCAAUGUUACCAGCGCCGUGUCUCCGAAGCAACUGGGCAUCGCUAAGCCGCCCGUCGCUUGCCGAGACGAUUCGAAGAAGUGUGUCGCUGGACCAAAGCAAAUGAUUGCUUGGAAUCAAGCCGAAGGAAACAACGUGCCGGAUGUCGGCUAUAGCCCCGGAUACAACGCCAGAAUGGGCUUCAAGCCAGGUGCACAGAAUGACAUUUUUGUCUAGAGCGCAUCGUCGGAACUUCACCUCCAGGCUCCAGCCAACCGUCUGCAAGGUUCCCGAUGCGGAUACGCACACCUUGACCGAGAGCGCUAGCGAUAGUCACCGGUGACAUGGGGUCUGGCCAGAGCAGUUUUGCGUAGUGAACUUUUUCCCAUUUUCUGUACAUAUUGCUGCUCGUAAGCGAAGAAAAGAAUUCACAAAUGUCAUUUCCUUUACCGGUGGAAAGUAGCGUCGACUACUUCACACACCGCCGAGCGCUCUUUCGCCAAAAGUUGCCUGGACUGAUGCGAGGCUUCGAGUA